AUGGACGACGCCGAACUCGACCCGAUGCAGGAAGACGCGACGAUGGAGGAGGACAUGGAGAUCGCGUCGCCGGCGCCGGAAGCGGGAAGAUGGCUGGCCUCGCUGCAGGAAGCGAUUCCUGCCAUCGUCAUCAUCCGCUUGAUGUCGGUCCGCGCCUUUGAUGGCGACGGCGCGUCCUUCUCGGUCGCGACGGGCUUCGUCGUCGACAAGACGCGCGGCCUCAUCUUGACCAACCGCCACGUCGUGACGCCGGGACCGGUCGUCGCCGAUGCCAUCUUCGUCAACAAGGAAGAGGUCGACCUCGUGCCCAUCUACCGCGACCCGGUCCACGACUUUGGCUUCUACCGCUUUGACCCGUCGCGCGUCAAGUUCCUCAAGCUCCACGAAAUUCCGCUCAACCCGGGUGGUGCGAAAGUCGGCGUCGAGAUCCGCGUCGUCGGCAAUGACGCGGGUGAGAAGCUCUCGAUCCUCCCCGGCAUCCUCGCCAAGCUGGACCGCGAAGCACCAAAUUACGGUACAAGCGGCUACAACGACUUCAACACGUUCUACUACGCAGCCGCUUCCUCGACGAGCGGCGGCUCGAGUGGGUCCCCCGUGCUCAACAUUGACGGCGAAGCCAUUGCGCUCAACGCCGGUGGGUCUAAAAAAGCCGCGUCGUCGUUCUACUUGCCGCUGGACCGCGCGGUUCGGGCCCUCAAGCUCAUUCAACAGAACAUUUUGGACAUUCCGCGUGGCACGUGGCAAACGAUCUUUCGCCACGCAGCGUACGACGAGGUCCGGAAGCUGGGCUUGACCGCCGACGUCGAAGCCGACGUGCGCAAGACGCUGCCAGACGAGACUGGACUGCUCGUCGUCGACCAAGUCCUCCCGAAGGGCCCUGCCUUUGGUCUUCUUGAGCCUGGCGACAUUGUCAUUCGCAUCCAAGGACAGCUCGAGACGACGUUCUUGGCCAUGGAAGCGCUCGUCGACUCGAACGUCGGCAACGUCAUCCCCGUCGAGAUUCAGCGCGGCGGGCGGUCCAUCGUCGUACACUUGACAGUACAGGACCUCCAUGCUAUCACACCGAACCAGUUCCUCGAAGUCGGGGGCUGCAUCUUCCAUUCGCUCUCGUACCAGCAAGCGCGGAACGCAUCGCUGCCCGUGGGUCACGUUUACUUGGCCCAGGCGGGUCACAUGCUCAUGAAAGCCCACAUUGCGCAGCCGUGCAUCGUCGUCUCGCUCGACGGCAAGCCAACCCCGACGCUGGAAGCCUUCAUCGACGCGAUCAAGGACCUCCCAAAUGGCUAUCGCACUGUCAUGCGCUACUUCUUGACCCGCGACCGGCACCGCAUCCGCAAUGCUCUGUACACACGCAACGACGCGGACGGACUCUGGCACCGACACAAGUACGAGACACCGCCGACGCCGCUUGCGCUGCAGUUGCCCGCGUAUCCCGCCGCUCCACUGAGCGUCCCGGGGCUCAACUCGGACUUGGACAAGGCGACAUUCACCAAGCUCCUCUCGUCCCUUGUCAUGGUUGCGUUCGACAUCCCGUGCAUGAUUGACGGCAUUUCGAGCUCAAGCUACAACGGCGUUGGUAUUGUCAUUGACGCCGUCAAAGGCCUCGUGCUCGUGGACCAGAACACAGUGCCCAUCGCACUUGGCGACGUGGUGGUGACGGUCGCCGCGUCGAUCGAGACACCCGCCAAGGUGCUCUUCGUGCACCCGGUCCACAACUUUUCAAUCAUCCAGUACGACCCCGCGCUCCUCGGCGACACGCGCCUCGAGUCGGCCGAGCUCUCGAGCGAAGUGCUUCAAGUCGGCGACCAAGUCGACUUUGUCGGGCUCACGAGUACGUGGACGGUCGUCGCGAUGAAAUCGCUCGUCACCAAGAUCGAUCGGCUCGUCCUCCGCGACUUUCAACCGCCGCGCUACAAGGCGAGCAACGUCGAGGUCAUCCACUUUGACCGCAUCACCAAGUCGGUCGGUGGCAUCUUCGUUGACAGUCGUGGCCUUGUGACGGCGCUCUGGCUCUCGUUCAGCUACCAAGACGAAGGCGGUCGGCGCGAGGUGUUUCGUGGCAUGUCGGUCGACAUCAUCCGCGAAGUCGUUGACUUGUUUCAUACUGGCGCGUCGCCCCGCGCGGUUACUGUGUUGCCGAUUCAGCUGUACACAUACCCCCUCUCCAAGGCCCGCGCCGGCCUCGGGCUCUCGCCGCACUGGAUUCGGGAGCUCGAACAGUGCUACGACGACAAGCGCCAAGUCCUCGCCAUCAAGCGAUGCGCCGCGGGCACGGACGCGUACGCACAACUUCAGAGCGGCGAUCUGCUCCUUUCGAUUGAUGGCACGGUCGUGGCCAAAGACUUUGACGUCGAGCGCCUCUGCAUGGGCAAGUCGCAAGUGCAGCUUGUCGUGCUGCGCGAGCAGCAGGAGAUGACGCUACCGGUGCAGACGAUGGAGCUCAGCGGGUGGGGCACAAGCCGCGUCAUUACGUGGUGUGGCCUCGUCAUCCAGGAGCCCCACUACGCCGUCGUAAACCUCGGCUACGUUCCGGAGGAGGGCGGUGGCGUCUACUGCUCCCGGUGGUGCUACGGCAGCCCCGCGCACAAGUACGGUCUCCGCGCCACCAUGUGGAUCGUGCAGGUCAACAACGAGCCGACGCCGACACUCGAUGCGUUCAUCAAGGUGGUUGAGAACCUUCAGAAUGGCGCGUCUGUGCGCAUGAAGACUGUCGCGCUCAACACCAAGCCCAAAGUGCUCACGCUCAAGACCGACUACCACUACUGGCCAACGGUCGAGCUGUGCCGCAAUGCAGACUCGGGCGACUGGGCCUACGUCUUCCACCCGAACAAACCGUAA